AUGGUCUUGCCACUGCCGACUAUCUGUGUCCUCGGAUCACUCAACAUCGACCUUGUUUACUACCUCCCUCACCAUCCAUUACCUGGCGAGACACUCACAUCAUCACACUCUGAUGUCUCUCCUGGAGGCAAAGGUGCCAAUCAAGCAGUGGCUUGCGCGAAACUCUCAAGAUCGCGCACGCUAGAUAACGCCAGCACGAAGGUUGUCAUGGUUGGCGCCGUCGGUGCAGAUACUCAUGGCGCAACGUUACUGGACAGCCUCCAGUCUUAUGGUGUCGAUAUCUCAGAAGUCGUGCAGAGACAAGGCCACGAUGAACACUCGACCACCGGCACCGCCGUUGUAAUGGUAGAUAAUUGCACUGGACAGAAUCGCAUCAUUUUGGCACCCGGUGCCAACGCCACUCUGCGACCCGAGCGUGUCGCCAGGCUUGGCGACUUGAGACCGUCCUUAUUGGUGUUGCAACUGGAAGUGCCUCUCGAUACUGUCUUGCAAGCGCUGGCAGCAGCCAAAUCGGCAGAUGUACCAAUUCUUUUGAACCCAGCUCCAGCACUCAAACUCCCCGAUGCCGCUUACGACGGGUUGUCACACCUCAUUCUGAACGAGACUGAAGUGGCUCUGCUUGCGCAAGUCGAUGAGAAUGAGCUUGAAAAUCUGGUCGUUGUGGAGAAGACUGCCACAAGGAUGUUGGCCAAGGGCGUCCAGAAUCUCGUCAUAACGCUUGGUGCAAAAGGCGCUUACUACAUGAGCAAGGACGGACAGAAGGGCUUCGUACCAGCGCUGAGAGUCGAUGUGGUGGACACGACGGCUGCUGGGGAUACUUUCAUCGGCAUGUAUUCGGUCCUUGUUGUUGAAGCGUCUUCGAGAAACAUGGAGUUCGACAUUCGUGCCGCUGUCACCGCGAGCACGUUUGCGUCUGCCAAAACAGUCUCCAGGAAGGGAGCGCAGAUUUCAAUACCUUGGAAGGACGAGCUGGAGACAGAGUAG